GCCGUAGCCGUGCGGUGGCGGAGGUCAGCGGAAGCAGGUGUGGGUUGGAAGAGAAUCCACCGCACAAUGUCAUCAAAAUAAUUACUCUUAAUGAAAAUGUCCACAGAGCCUGUUGGCAGCUUACAGUAACGCAGGCUCCGUCUGAAGUGUGUGCGAGUCCCGCGGUGGAGUCCCGGCACCGGUCCACAAGCCGCCUGUCCGUUUUGUCCUCCACACUGAAGCGGGCUGGGUCACAGCGGCGGCCAGGCCCGGGCAACUGCACCUCAGCGCCAGGACUGUUCCCUGGCUGUCUCUGCGGAGACUGGAGACUAAAACCGAGCACCCCAGCACACGCAAACCAUGCGGAAAGACGUGAGGAUACUGCUUGUAGGAGAACCCAGAGUUGGUAAGACCUCGUUGAUUAUGUCGCUGGUCAGCGAGGAGUUCCCAGACGAGGUCCCUCCCCGGGCUGAAGAGAUCACAAUCCCUGCUGAUGUCACUCCAGAAAGGGUCCCUACUCAUAUAGUUGACUAUUCAGAAGCAGAACAAACAGACGAACAGCUUUAUCAGGAAAUAUCAAAGGCCAAUGUUAUAUGCAUAGUGUAUGCAGUCAACAAUAAAAAUUCCAUUGAGAAGGUCACUAGUCAGUGGAUUCCUUUAAUCAAUGAUAGAACAGACAAGGAUAGCAGAGUGCCUCUGAUAUUGGUUGGGAACAAGUCAGACCUGGUGGAGCACAGCAGCAUGGAAACCAUCCUUCCCAUUAUGAACCAGUACACUGAGAUCGAGACUUGUGUUGAGUGUUCAGCAAAAAACUUGAAGAAUAUCUCUGAGCUGUUCUAUUACGCACAGAAGGCUGUUCUGCAUCCUACGGGCCCCCUGUACUGCCCCGAGGAAAAAGAGAUGAAGCCUGCUUGCAUUAAAGCCCUGACCCGCAUCUUCAAGAUUACAGACCAGGACAAUGACGGGAUUCUUAACGAUGCCGAACUCAACUUCUUUCAGAGGACAUGCUUUAACACCCCCCUGGCUCCUCAGGCCUUGGAGGAUGUGAAGAACGUGGUCCGGAAGAACGUGAGUGAUGGGGUGUUUGAUAAUGGACUGACACUGAAAGGCUUUCUGUUUCUCCACACGCUGUUUAUCCAGCGAGGGCGGCACGAGACCACGUGGACAGUGCUGCGUCGAUUUGGAUACGGUGAUGAUCUGGAGCUCACUCAGGACUACCUGUUCCCUCUGUUAAAAAUCCCCCCAGAUUGUACAACAGAGUUAAACCACAAUGCAUAUCUCUUCCUUCAGAGUGUUUUCGACAAACAUGAUUUGGACAGGGACUGUGGUUUGUCCCCCGAUGAACUCAAGGAUCUAUUCAAAGUCUUUCCCUAUAUGCCCUGGGGUCCAGAUGUCCAUAACACAGUCUGCACCAAUGACAGAGGCUGGAUCACCUACCAGGGAUACCUGUCUCAGUGGACGUUAACAACGUAUCUAGAUGUGCAGCGCUGCCUGGAGUACAUGGGCUACCUGGGGUACUCCAUUAUAUCAGAGCAGGUGUCGCAGACUGCGGCUGUUACUGUGACGAGAGACAAGAAGAUUGACCUCCAGAAGAAGCAGACUCAAAGGAACGUUUUCAGGUGUAACGUCAUCGGGAUGAAAGGCUGUGGGAAGAGUGCCUUACUGCAAGCCUUCCUGGGGCGCAACCUGAUGAGACAGAGGCAGAUCAGAGAGGAUCACAAAUCCUUCUACGCAAUCAGCACCACCUAUGUGUAUGGCCAGGAGAAAUACUUACUGUUACAUGAACUGCUCACAGAUUCAGAAUUUCUUUCCGAUUCUGAGAUUUCCUGCGAUGUUGUCUGUUUGGUGUAUGACUCCAGCAACCCCAGUUCAUUUGAAUUUUGCGCAAGGAUAUUCAAGCAACACUUCAUGAACAGCAAGACUCCGUGCAUGAUCGUCGCUGCCAAGUCCGAUCUGCAUGAGGUGAAGCAGGACUGCAGCCCCUCCCCCUUGGACUUCUGCAGGAAACACAAAAUGCCUCCUCCCCAGCCCUUCACCUGCAACACUGUGGAUGUCCCAAGCAAAGACAUCUACAUCAAACUGACCACCAUGGCAAUGUACCCCCACGCCAGCCUACGCUGCAUGUGCACCUGCAACAGGUGCACCUUCUGCAUCUGUCACAACUUCCUCAACUCAGACUUGCUGCAUUCUGUAAAGACCAAACUCUACACUGCCGUUCUCAACAGGUUGAGCCCCGAUGUAGAUGAAUUUGGGGCUAUGCUGUUGGCUGACGAGGAGAGCAGUCUCGGGCAACAGGUGCACGCUGUCAGCUAUGUAGAAGAUUCCAUCUUCAUGGAGUCGUCUCGAGACGCCCGUUUAAAGACCGAAGACAGACAUGUGAUGCAAGCAGAUCUGAAGAGCUCUACGUUCUGGCUGCGGGCCAGUGUGGGAGCCACCAUGUUCGCUGUCCUGGGAUUCGCCAUGUACAGAGCGCUUCUGAAGCAGCGGUGAUCCUAAAGGAAAGCAGGCAACAACAUCAUCAUCGCAAAGCAACUCAAACUUUUAUAGAUAUACGUGAGAGUGCUUCAGAGUCUGCAAAGAUCCGUUAUUAUUAUUUUAAUUGUUGUUGUUAUUAUUAAUAAUAAUAAUGUCACUGUUUUUUUUUAUUUAUAUAUGCAACUGUUUCUCAUCAACUUGCUAUUUUGUUUGUGACCUGACUACUGUCUUGCCGAUUUUCAAUGAUAAUGACUGCAGUUUUUUUUGUUUUUCUUCUACCCCUGCCCCCCAAAAUUAAGAGAACAGAUAGAAUAAACUGCCUGUAGUGUUUUUAAAUGAGAGCGUGCAUUCACAGUAUUAGGCAGUUUAAAUAGGAGUGGACGAGCGUCGCAGUGCAAUGCUAUACAGGACUGCCGAUGCUCCAAUGCUCAGAAGGGACGAUGUAGAUAAUGUACAUAUACAGGCAUGCGUGUGAAAAGACUCCCCAGCAAACUAACACAGUUGCAGAGGUCACAUUCUGAGCUGCCGUGGUAGAAUUGACUCGUCAAAGCCAUCUGCGUUUUUAUGUUGAAGUCAGAACUUUUUUGGUUUCGCCUCAGCAUCGAAUGUAUUAUUAUUAUUUAUUCGUUUUUUCUUUUAGUUUGUACAGCAUGUUCGGUAUGCAGAUAAAGCUCAAGGAGUCUUUUUUUUUUUUUUCCCCUCUUUUUUAACCCUUUGAGUUCUUUAUCUUUCUGCUAACACUCGCCAUCGGAAAUCAUGCUGGAAGCUCACUGGACUCCGAGGUCGUGUAUACACCUAUGCUCAUGUAUACGCAAUAAAGGAGUUCCUUUUUGAAUUAUAUAACUUCAUUUUGACAGCAGUAAUCCAGGAGGGAUGAAGUUGUGUCUCUGGUUGGCAGAUCAUGUAGCCGUGUUGUUAGGAGAGCACCUGUCCUGCAGCCCUGGUUUAAAUCGUUCAUGCAGUGCACUACAGGCCCUCCUUUUCGCUUUGAGCACCCCAUUCCCCUCCUAACGCUGUCACCGCUGCAAGCUUGCACUCUGUGCUCUAAACCUGGCGCAGUUAGUAUUUUGUAGCUUGGGAUGUGCUGCAUGAUGCACCAGGUGUUCUCUGCUUUUAUAUCAGAGGAAUCGGAGAGUUAGACCCUUUUUGUUGUGUUUUGUUUUUUUGUUACUACCAUGCCAUAACUUGCCCUUUUAGACUUUUUUUCAUUUCUGACUUUUCCAACAUUUACAAUAAAUAACUGUGUGCUGUA